AUGCCGCCGCCCACCAGCAGAAGAGACAUCUUGGCCGGUCUCCGGUCACAGAUACAACAGGGCAAGCCCAUUGUCGGCGCCGGAGCAGGCAUCGGCCUCUCGGCAAAGUGCAUCGAGCAAGGCGGCGGCGACCUGAUCGUAAUCUACAACAGCGGCCGUUUCAGAAUGGCAGGGCGCGGAUCCUUUGCUGGCCUCAUGCCCUACGGGAACGCCAACGACGUCGUGCUCGACAUGGCCGCCGAAGUGCUCCCGGUCGUCAAGUCGACCCCCGUCAUCGCCGGCGUUUGUGGUACAGACCCGCUGAGGAACAUGGCGUCCUUUUUGAGGCAGUUGCACGACAUGGGCUUCUCGGGCGUCCAGAACUUUCCCACCGUCGGACUCGUCGACGGUCAGUUCCGCGCCAACUUGGAGGAGACCGGCAUGUCGUACGACCUUGAGGUGGACAUGAUUGCUGCGGCGCACAACAUGGGCCUGCUCACGACUCCCUACGUCUUCGACGUGCAACAGGCCGAGAAGAUGACUCGGGCGGGCGCUGACGUGUUGGUCGCGCACAUGGGCCUCACGACCGGCGGUUCCAUCGGCGCCGCCACGGGCAAGACCAUGGAGGAGUGCACGUCGCUUAUCCAAGAGAUUCGCGACGCAGCAGUUGCCGUAAACCCCGACGUCAUAGUGCUGUGUCACGGCGGACCCAUUGCCGCGCCGGACGAUGCGCAGCACGUCUUGAGACGCACGACUGGAGUCCAUGGCUUCUUUGGCGCAAGCUCCAUGGAGAGACUGCCGGUCGAGACGGCCAUUGCAGACGUGACGAGGAGCUUCAAGAACAUCCGAGCUUAG